UCACACCCUCCCUGUCGCCACCUGCUUCACCUGUCUAGAGUCCAUCUCCAGUAGUCCUCCUGAGUCUGACCAUGGUCUGAUGUCAUCCUCUUGAUAGUGAGUGGCAUUGCGACACAGCAGGUCACCUCCUGGCUAUAACCCCAGCGCGGGGCAGCGGGCCAGGCAGUGUGUUCCUCCCACUCCUCUCCACAGAUACACACACACACACACACACACACACACACACACACAGAAAGAGCAAAGCAGAGCCGCACCGUGAGCUCAACCCGACCAGCCAAGGUUACUCAUCAGUCUGCUGCUCUCUGCUGCUUCUCCUCCACCGAUCCUGUAGGGUGAAAAAAAAAAAAUGGAGACCUUAAAUCACAAACUAAAUGCCUACUUUGAAACAUGGAUGGGUCCCAGAGAUAAGCGGGUGCAGGGAAUGCUGCUGCUCGACAAUUACCUGCCAACCUUUGCACUCACAGUCAUGUACCUUCUGAUCGUGUGGAUGGGGCCCAAGUACAUGAAGCACAGGCAGCCAUAUUCCUGCCGAGGCCUGAUGGUGCUCUACAAUCUGGGAGUCACCUGUUUGUCCUUCUACAUGUGCUAUGAGCUUGCUACGACUGCAUGGUACGGUGGAUACAACUUCUACUGCCAGAACACCUACAGCGAGCCAGAAGCGGAUAAAAAGAUCAUAAGCGUCCUUUGGUGGUACUACUUCUCCAAGCUGAUCGAGUUCAUUGACACCAUUUUCUUCAUACUGCGGAAAAACAAUCACCAAAUCACGUUUCUCCACGUCUACCACCACGCCAGCAUGCUGAACAUCUGGUGGUUCGUCAUGAACUGGAUACCCUGCGGUCACUCAUAUUUUGGGGCCUCCCUGAACAGCUUUGUCCACGUUGUGAUGUAUUCCUACUACGGCCUCGCAGCCAUUCCCGCCCUCCGACCGUACCUCUGGUGGAAGAGGUACAUCACCCAGCUGCAGCUGAUCCAGUUCUGUUUGACCGUGACGCAGACGGCGCUGGCGGUGGUCUGGCCGUGCGGCUUCCCCAUGAGAUGGCUGUUCUUCCAAAUAAGCUACAUGUUCUCGUUCAUUGCCCUUUUCUCAAAUUUCUACAUCCAGACGUACAAGAAGCGCAUCGAUUCUCAAAAGAAGGAGCACCAGAACGGUUCGUCUGCGUCGGUAAACGGACACGCCAACGGAACGGCGUCGAUGGAGCGCACAGCGCCCAGAAAGCUCAGGGUGGAUUGAUAUUUGAGAAACUAUGCCCAGUUUCCCACUGUAGCCCGUUAGGUUAUGCUGCUAGAGUUAUAUGUAUAUUUUUAUCUAGACCAGACCAGCACUCACUUCAGAUAAAAUAAGCCAUAGCCACAGACAGCUAUUAUUUCCCUCACAUAAAUACAAAAUAGGUCUGAACUGCUGAAUCGUUAUAGCUCUAAGUGACGAGUACUGUAGUAGUCCUGAAUCUUUACACUUGCGCCUCCCUCGCCUUUUGGUCGGUUAAUUGCUAAGAAAAAGCUCAAUGCAGACAAACAUACAGUCAGAAAAAAUCAGCAAUGCUUUGCACAACAAAGGUCCAAAGAUUAACAAUGGAACAUGUUGGCGGAAUAUUUUAUAGCACAUCAUGAUAUCUGCUUAAGGGACGCUUUAAGACAAACAGCAAUUAGUAUAUUUUUUUUACAGUGUAACUGCAAUGUGAUGCAUAUGUGUCUCACUUUAUCUUAUUCCUGCUUGCACGGUUGCAUAAUCCAAACUUUUAUUCUCAGUCAGGUACUUUUUUCAGGUCGGUUUGAAAUGCCGAACCGUCUCAUCACGACCAAAGCGUUGCUCAUAUUAGCAUUCAGGUUAACUGUGGUCACAGCGUGAAAGGAGAGAUACUGCGUUUUCAAAAGCAGGAUUAAAAAAACAAAAAAAAACAAAACGAUCCAACUUUAAAGGCGUUUUGUCAGAAUAUUAAUUCUCCUUUCACACUGUGUUGCAAGCGACUCAGUUAUUCAUCUGAGAAAUUAUGCAGGGCAUUAUGAGAAAUGCAAAAAGCUUAAAUGUUUUGUUGUCUGUUGUUUCUGGGCAUUUACAUAAGCUUUCAACACUACAUUUUUUUUUUUUACCUGAAUAAGCUGAUGUUCAGAAAGUUCUGAAAAAAAAGAGUGAGUGCUGAAAACUCUAAUAUGACUGAAUAGUUUGGUAUCAACAUUGCAUUACAGUUUUAAUGGCACUUAAAAAUCUAGAUUUAUCCCUAAAUUCUAGAACAUCAGAAGAAAAAAAAAAAAGUCAAAUCCCUGUCUGUGAAUGGCAUGAGUAGCACAGGUAUGAGCAACUCUGCUUGCUCUUUAAUAGAUGUGUUUUGCAGCAGACAUUUUGACGACUGAAUGGCUAAAAAUAGCGAAGGUUCCUCUCAGUAAUCCAGUGAACCUUGGCAGUAUGCAGACCAGCAGCAGCACCAUCUCACAAAGGGAGGCGGUGGAAAAAGUUAAGGGAGUUAACUGCCUUUAACGUUUUCUGUUAGGACAAUUCAAGAAGGUUGCUUUCAGAAAACAACCCUGUAAAACUACAUCAAAACAUUUCAUUCUUAAACAACACACAUGCCAAAGUAUUUUUCCAUGCGAGGCUAGUGUUUUAUAUGAGAGUUCAGUUUUGGAAUUCGAUAUUUAUCUAGACUCAAGCUGUGAAACAAACAUUUGUCGUAUCAUCCCAACUUUCCCAGAAUCAUUAAUGAGCAAAAUGCUGCAGUUAGCUACCAGAUCUGUGUGGUUAAGGGCUAUUUCACUCAUUUCUUUGACAUCUGGACCAAUUUUGUCAGUAAUAUUUUAACUUGUAAAAUCUGGACUGGAUUAAAUGCAAAAAAAAAAAAAAGAAUGAAAGAAACCUUGGCAUUCCAAUUUGUUGACCAGACAUUGCUGCAGAGGUUAGCAUACUUUUGCUUUUCUAAUACAAUGAUAAUAACAGAAAUACAUAAAAUGUGACGUUUAAAGUCACUCACGUGUUAAAAGUUAAAGCUUAAAGCAUCUCUAUAAACGUCCUGCCUUCUGGACCAACUAAUAUAUUUUGUCACGCAGCUUAGAAUGUUAUACUGUAAUUUUCUCUAAUCAAAUUCAUAAAAUGUGUUUAGUUCCUUCAGAAUCCCUCAUCUUAAUUUGUAUCUCACCAACAAUUGAAAAUCAGAAAUGUUCUUUUUUUUUUUUAAACAUAUGCGCAAGUUGAUUUUGAUAGAAAUAAGAGAAUCAGUCAAACUGCGGUGCGUAAGGCUGCUUAUCUUAGCGUAGAUACUGCAGAGUAAAGCACCCACCCUAGCUGAGUCACAAAUCAGCUUACAAACCUCCAAAGCUCACUUUAGGUCUGAUGGGUUCAGACAGAGCCAGGCUGGAUGUUUCCAGCUAAAAUGUUCGGCCUGGUUAACUGACUGCAGCUUGUAGAGCGCACAUGUAGUUAAUGACUCAGUAAGACACUGCCCAAACACGUAGACCUCCGUUUCUCCCACUCAGUAGAUCAGAAAUGUGAAAAUCAGCAUCAAACAAAGGCCACAUUUCUCAGCGCAGUAGACCUGGUCUACUUGUAAGUGCUGAUAUUAUUAAAAACAUGCCAUAACUGUAGCUGUUUUUGUUAAAUUUCUGGUGUAUUUGUAUGUAUUUAUGAGCAGAGUUAGCACUGGUUUAACUCAUAAAGAAAGCAAAAAUGAAUGUAAUGGUAUAAUAUAUAAUUUCUUUAUUUUUAUUUUUCUGAGGUCUGGUGUAAAUUUCAGGUGAUGUGUUAUCACUGAUGCUUUACUUACUGUAACACAUUAAAAACAAACUACAACUCUGACUUCUGGCUUCCGGCAUUACCUUUUUUUUUUUUUUUUUCAGGUGGAAAAUAACCCUAAAGACAUAAAAAUGAAUAAUCUUUCCCUGGAAAAAUGAAGUAACAUGUGUAUCCAUUACUGUGAGAUCCUUGUCUGAACAGGCUAAGAACUGUGUUGCAACAAUUAUUGCUAAGCGAUUUGUCGACUAACGUUUGUUGACUUUACUUUGAUGACUUACUUUGAAACUUAUAGGCAACUUCAAAUGGAAACUUUGCUUGGAAGCUGUAAAAAGUUAUCAUUUUGUAUCAAGUUCUAACUUAAGUGAUCAAAUAAAUAUUUCUGUUUUUGUUAUGUUUUA